AACAGAGAGAAGAAGGGAGAACAGAGAGGAGGAAGAGAAGAAAGAAGAGAAGGAGGAAAGGCAGCCAGUUGGGGUCUCCGCUGAGCUUCGCUGCACGGCCAUGGUGCUGCGAGCUAGUUGGCUGCUGUUGGCGUUGUGGGCGUGGUCGGGCAAGUGGGCGGUGACCGCCAGUGACGCAAGAUGUGACGUGGAGGCGCUCAGGUGUGACGUCAUCUGUUCCUUCCCUGACCUGACGACGCACUGCAACCGCUGCGUCAGGAGACGCCCCAUGAGGUUCGGCAAGAGGUCGGGCGGGAAGACGUCGGCGUUCUCUCGCGUCCCGACGGAGGCGCUGUCGGCGGCGCCCGCGGCCUCGACCCUCCCUCGGACUCCGCUGGCUUUCCCGAAGGCCACGGAGGCGCCGCGGAUCUUCCUGUCGGAGGCACAGAGGCCGGCCUCGUUGGACCGUCUCGAGGCCGAGCCCAAGUACCUCUCGGCCUUGAUCCUCACGCCCGAGGCUCGCCCUCGCGUGCUGGAGGACUUCGAGGGGGCCGGACCCGGAAUCGAGUACGAGGACGACCUCCGGAGACGACGCCGAAGGAGGAACGCGUCCCAGCGCCUCGAGGACGCGGCUCCCCGGUCCUUCCGCCGCCCCAGGCUCUCCGGGGGCGCCGCCCGAGGGCUGCAGCGGAGGAAGAGAUCGACCGUCUACGAGAUCAUCGAGAGCCUCAUGGAACUCCUGGGGCUGGAGACGCUGCCGGUGGACCCUCGCUUCUACGGCUGCCACGAGCUGGUGCUGCCCUUCUACAACUAGGACCUUCUAGUCCUCGCCCUUCUACAACUAGGACGAAGGGCCUUCCCCUCUGCAACAAGGAACGAAUGGCUCCCUUCUGCAACUGCGAAUGGCUGGUUUUCCCUUCUGCAACAAAGAACGACCAAAUAAUAAUCGUGCAAACUACGAAAACAAGAGAAGUACAUGAUACAGUGUGUACAUAUAUUAUUUUGCAAGUAAAAAGGGAGAGUUAAGGAGAGAGAGAGAAGGAAAGAAAAAGCACAGUAUAUGUGUAUUGCUGUACAUUUUUUUUUAUCGUAUUCAUUAUUGUCCUUAUUAUGUGCAUGGCUAUAUUGCAUUUAUCUGAUAGUACAUCCUUAGAGAAUCAUAAUAAUAAAUCAAAUGCAAUACAGUGAAUGACCCAAAUAAACCAUUUUAAAGAAGAUUCAUUUUCUAAAACUGAUCUUGGUGACAAUAAGUCUUCUUACAGACAGACACUCAUACACGAUCUAUCCUUCACGUAAACACUCUAAAAAAUAAAUACAAUACAAUUAUAUGUAAGCAAAUAAUACAUAUAAAAAAAAAUGCCGAGAUCUGGAGGCUGGAAAGAAAAUGAAUUUUCUUUAUUCGUUUGCAACUCUAAAACGGAAGGAAUAUCCACCGAUUAAAUGAGAUGAAAACAUAUCAAGUUAAUGUCUUUUUACGUUUCAAGCUAUAUAAAGAGGUGGACAGAAUAUUCUUUAUUGAUAAAAUCUCAUAUUUUAUAUGACCUGUAACAUGUAACUUGUAUAUCAUAUAUCAAUAAA